GAUUAUUAUAAAUGGCUUCCGAAGAUUGUGACGAUAUAUUUGGACGCCGAUAUCUUACAGAUGCUUCUGAUGUUUAUGAGUGGAAUGCUUGGUAAAAAUUAGGAUGAAAAAACCCAACUUUUUCUCUAGGGAUGACGUUCAGUGGACAGAAGAGCAGGAAAAUUUAGCAAAAGAAAUAAUACUUUUGAAUAGUACUGUUAGACUCCCAGAUGAUUCUCAAGAAUUGAGAUCCUUGCACAUGAAUACUGGGACAAGUUUUAUUCCCAUCAUGAAGAUAGAUUUUUCAAGGACAGAAAUUGGUUAGAAAAAGAGUUCUGUGAAUUAUUUUCUUCAACAUGUGAGUUAUUGCCCUUUUUAAUUUUUUAGCACCUAGUGUGCACAUAAUGGAGGUCGGUUGUGGUGUGGGAAAUACAAUAUUUCCAAUAUUACGCGCUGUAAAGAGUCCUGGACUGUUGAUAUAUGCAUCAGAUUUCUCUGAAAAGGCUCUAUCUAUACUCAAAGAAUCCAAAGGAUAUGACGCUGAUCGUUGUAUUACUUUCCAGCAUGAUAUAACCAAAACUAAUGAUGAAAUCCCUUGUCCUAGAAAUAGUUUGGAUUUUCUAGUCUUAGUGUUCGUAUUAUCAGCAGUUAAUCCUGAAUUGUUUCACCGUACACUUAAAAAUCUUGUUACGUAUUUAAAACCCGGAGGUGUGCUAUUGUUUCGAGAUUAUGGAAGGUUUGAUUUAGCUCAGCUAAGAUUUAAAAAUGGCCAGUGUUUAAAAGACAACUUUUAUAUGAGAUCAGAUGGGACAAGAGUUUACUUUUUCACUCAAGAUGAAUUACACAAAUUAUUUACGGACGUUGGUCUAGAAAAGAUUCAGAACAAGGUUGAUCGCAGAUUAAUCGUAAAUCGCAAAAAGAAGUUAAAGAUGUACAGAAUUUGGAUUCAAUGUAAAUAUAACAAGCUUAAGUAUUCCAGCUUUAGCCAUCACGUGAUUCCACAUGACUGCACAUGGUUGUAUAUGAAGACUUUGAAAAAGCCGAAAGAUAGGGAGAACAAAACAGUAUUCGAGUUAAAUAAAAAUGAAUUGUGUCAGGAUCUUCAACCUUCUAGCCAUUUAGAUAGCUGUUUCCUAUCAUGA